AUGAUUCAUAUGAUUCUAGGUCAAGGAGGAGGAAGAAGAGCUAUCAUUCAAGUUCUAGGAGUAGAAGCAGGAAAUCAAUAUCAGUAUGUGAGAUCGACUAGUCCUAUAGACAGCGAUGAUUUUUGUCACUUGCCUAAUGGCAUCCCUCAUGAGGAAUCACCCACUAGUAUUCUUGAGAUAAUGACAUCAUUUCCGGUUCUUGGAGGUCUACUUUUAUCCCCUCUUCCUUAUGAACUCUUGUAUUUGACUGAAAAAGAAAAAUGGGAGGAUAGUAGUUGUGGUUCUGUGCAUAAAAAAGUGAAGACAGUUAAUAGGCAUGAUAUUAAAGUUGACCGAAACGAGAAGAAGCCAAAGAAUGAGGGUAAUUUGGUCCCACCUGAACUGAAAAACAUCAACAUUGUAUGUGAUGGCAUUGGUGGUGUAACAAAACAGGAAGCUGACACGGAUAAUUUGUCUUGUGAAGAACCUCUCUCUAAUGGUAUGAGGGUGGAUUUCAGAAAAGGUAUGGGGAAGGCAGAGGUAUGGUCAAGAAAUAAGUUACUCAGUUCUCUUAACUUAUCCCAUAUUUAUCCUCUUCUUUUUCAUCCAUCUUUAUCCUAUUUCUUGUACCCCUGAAAAGGUGGUGGUGGUGGGACAGAUACAGUGGCAAUGGAAAUAGGUGGUGGCGGUGGGUGA